GACUUUGAUUGAAUGAUACCAUGGUGUGAAAAUCUACCUGGAGAUGGAUCAUGGGUCAGAUUCACAUUCCUGUCUCCAUUUCUCUGAAGCCCAGCCCUCUCUCUCACACCCAGGAGUCAGUCUGGGCCCACUGUGAGUCAUGUGACUGCUGAGGAAGGAGGGGGGAACAGCAGGAUAGGAGAGAGAACCUCACCAGACUAAGGUGAGACCCCCUUACCUGCUGAGUGCAGUCCUCUCUCGCCUCCCCACCCAUCACCUGCAUCUCACCUGAGCUCCUCCUGAGUCUCCAUGUCAACCUUCAUCUUAGGUAGCCUUCUGGAUCGAGAGUCAAUGUAUGGCUGAUGACUGCAAUUCAUCCCUCAGAAUUGAUGGUGGAAGAUUCUGUGAUUUCUUUCAUUCUGGAUCUGGUGAUGUACUUCAUUAACAGCCCUAUUUGAUUUCACUGUGGUAAAGAAGCCUCAAGACUUGACUCUGCUCCAUCUUGUGCCAACCUCAACAAGAAUGUUUACUCUGUUGUGAAGAGCUCCUGAGAUACGUCCCAUUGUUUUGGUAUCAGACUGUCCCCUUUAUACCAGUGGAUUGACACUUAAGACUCUGGACUCCUCUAAGAGCUUUUGGAUAAUGUUUGGCCCUGGGCAGUUGGUCUCCACUCUUCUACCUGCGGUCUUCCACUCCUCUGCAGCUCACUUGUUCCCUGCGUUCCCCACCAGACUGGGCUCCCCUCCACAGAUCCUGAUCCCUGGGCCCCUGAUCAGCUAUGAGUCCCUGCGGAGUUACUUGCAACCAGAGCCCUGCAAAGAGGCUCUGUUCCUGGCCACACAGGCAGCUGGGAUGGGGCAGUUCACGGCCAGCAUGGAUGAACAGAGGCCAGUGAAGCAGCGUCGUGCGCGGGCCAACUACAGCAGCUGGCAGCUGGAAGAGCUGGAGAAGACCUUUGAGACCACCCAGUACCCUGACGUCUUCAUGAGGGAAGCCCUGGCCCUCAGACUGGACCUCAUCGAGGCCAGAGUGCAGGUGUGGUUUCAGAACCGCCGGGCUAAGAUGCGGAGGCAGCUGAAGUUGCAGGGCCAGCUAGGAGAGCCAUUUCCCAGGAAGGACAAUGCUGAGGACACAACAACAGACAAACCCAACAAGAGCUUACUGGAGCAAGAGAGCUCUGACGGCGAGCACUGGGAGAGGAGGCAGGAGAAAGGAAGCUAUCCCUGGACUAAAGUACCUCGUUCUGCUGUGGUGACCACCCCCAUACAGGGUAUGAUUCAGGGGCCAGCAGGGGAAUGGGAGGGGAUGGAGGGGCCCAGUCCAGAAGAGUUCCGCUGCUGUAGCAUUGCCAAGCUGAGGGCCAAGGCCAGGGAGCACGAGGCUGAGAUCCACAGCACUGUGGCCAGGUCAGGAGGAGGAGAGACAUCAGCACUGCAGACACAAACACAGAACACUGAUGACAGAGAGAGCAACUGAUAUGGCUCUUUCUCUCUGCAUGGCUUUUGCAAACAGGUCCCUAAGACCUCAUCAUGGUUGAGACAACUUGCAUAAAUACCCCAUCCUUGGUUUAUUCAUUCUGUUAUUCAAUGAGGAUAUGAACUAACAUUUACAAAAGGUGCUGAUUUUUUGUUUAAUAUUCUAUAAAUGUAUUGUGUUUUGAAAUGCCAUUAUUUUUCUGUACUGGACAACUUUCUCUAUCAACAAUCACGCUAAACGUGUAUUUUAAAUGCUCAGACUAGGAAGAGGUGAAUAUAUAGUAUAUCCAUAGUAACAUCUUAUAAAUAUAUAGUAUAUCCAUAGUAACAUCUUAUAAAUACAUAGUAUAUCCAUAGUAACAUCUUAUAAAUGUAUAGUAUAAACAUCUUAUAAAUAUAUAGUAUAUCCACAGCAACAUCUUAUAAAUACAUAGUAUAUCCAUAGUAACAUCUUAGAAAUGUAUAGUAUAUCCAUAGUAACAUCUUAUAAAUGUAUAGUAUAAACAUCUUCUAAAUAUAUAGUAUAUCCACAGCAACAUCUUAUAAAUACAUAGUAUAUCCAUAGUAACAUCUUAGAAAUGUAUAGUAUAAACAUCUUCUAAAUAUAUAGUAUAUCCACAGCAACAUCUUAUAAAUAUAUAGUAUAUCCACAGUAACAUCUUAUAAAUAUAUAGUAUAUCCACAGGAACAUAUUUUAAAUAAAUAGUAUAGCCAUAGUAACAUCUUAUAAAUAUAUAGUAUAUCCAUAGUAACAUCUUAUUAAUAUAUAGUAUAUCCAUAACAACAUCUUAUAAAUAUAUAGUAUAUCCAUAGUAACAUCUUGACAUUUUAUCCUUAAUGUUUCUUUUCACUUUGGCUGAAGAAUUUCAGUUUCUAUCAUGAACUAUCUUGAACACAUGAAACAAAGAUGACAUUGUUAUCGUUUCACAUUCCCCACUGAGGUGGUUCAUUUUAUUGAUCCUUUAUUUAUCCAGGUGAGUCAAUUCAGAAUAAAUUCUUAAUUUAAUACAUUAAUGGUUUUUCACACCAAAAAUAUUUCUGUACGUAAUACAUGUAAAACUCAGAUAUGCAGUCUUGACCUUCAUCAUCACUUCAAGGUCUUUAGAUAUUCUGCUGUAUUACUGGUGACUAAAUGCUCAUACAUUAGCCAUCAGAUUAGGGUAAAAUUAAGAGGAAACGCUCUGAUGACUUCUCAAUGAUCUCAUCGAUGACAAGCCCAACCCUGGCCGGGGCUAUCCUGUUACCUUCACUGCAGACUGAGAGGCAGGAUGUCUGCGUGCUGCCACAGGCCCUCGCAGGAAACAAUGGAAGUGGCUGAAAAAUGACUGCCCCCAAUGACAGGAACGCUUUCUGAAGAUUACGAGGCAAAUACAUGUUUUUUUGCUGAGAAAUAUAAACUUCUUACAACAGUGCUGUCAUUUAAAUACAUCAGAGAGGCUAUCA